CGGUUUUAAAGCACCUGAGACACGCGCUAUAUCACAACAACUGCAUGCGCGCCAAGAGAAGUCGCAUUCUUGCAGCGUUUAAAUGAAAAUAAACGGGGUAUUUAUGAAAUGAACAUACUGGACGUAUCUUACUUGGAUAUAUAAAGCUGUUGUUUUAAGCGGAGACUGGGGUUUUAGUUUUUAUUUCCUUUCAAGUGUUUUUUGACGGACCGUGACCACUUUCUUUCCACACUGGAGAUUUCGGAUACGCCGUUAAAUGGCAAACAGGAUCAGCUGGCACGGCGUUCAAAGUGACUCAACCCCUCUGGAAUAAACUUUCCUGCGGCUGUGUGUGUGUGAGAGUGUUUGACAGCGAGAGAGACAGUUGGAUGUGCGCGCAUGAUGAGCUCGCGGCUGCUGCUGCUGGUGCUCGCGGCGCUCGCGGCGUGCCUGCGGUCUGGUCGCGCGCAGAAGGAUCCUCUCCCUCCAUCUCUAGUGGAUUUAGUGAUGAACAGUCCAAUCUCAUCUGUAGAUGAUCUGAAGAGGCUUCUGGACGUAGAAUCCGUAGAGGAAGAUGAUGAAAAGCCAGAGAAUGAGGUGCAAUCUAACGGAACACACAGACGUCUUCCCAGAAGCCUUAGCGUUCAGGUGGCCCAGCAGGCAAUGUGUAAGGUGAGAACAGAAGUUAUGGAAGUGACCCGUUCGAUGUUGGACAAACGGAACGCCAACUUUUUGUUAUGGCCUCCAUGUGUGGAAGUGCAGCGCUGUUCGGGCUGCUGCAACACACGCAUUCUACAAUGCACGCCAGUCACCACAGAAACGCGACAUUUACAGAUGACAAAAAUACAGUUUAUCAACCGACAGCCAGUCUAUGAGAAGGUUGUCAUACCCGUGGAGGACCAUGUGACUUGUAGCUGUCAAUCACGUGUUUCUGCACAUCCCCCACGGCUCCAGACCACACCCCUUCCUCCGCCCAGACUCCACCAUAAAGUUACAUUACCAAAGACGCAAUCGAAAGAGGAGCUACACCGCAAUGAUGAACUUAAACAUAAUCAAAGGCUCCAUUUGGAGGAUAGAGAGAGUCAAGAAGCACAAUGGCAGUCCAAAUACACAGUCACACACACACAGGGCUACAGACAAAGCCCAUACCAACAUACACACACGCCAGCUUAUACAAGCAGAGGAGAUGUUCCCACCAGACCAACAACAUUGGUAGAUCCACGCAUGAUGAGUGACACAACACAAACAGAGGAAGUCGAACACAUGAAAUCCGAAAACAGUGGCGACGGCAUGACAAAAAAGACGCAACAGCAUUAUGACAAACAUCUGCAAGAGGAUCAACAGACGAAACAAAAUCAAACGACACCACAGCAACCAAAAAACAGUCCUACCCACAAUUCCGUCCAAUCAGAGAACAGAAUGCCGCACAGCAGCCAAUUAGAUGGUCUUAGUCACACUUACAGCCACGUUGAGGUCAUCGGCCAAUCCAGUGGCUUAUCAGAAGUACCAAAUCAUCACUCUGAUCAAUCAGACGUUAGAAAACAUCAUCACCACCAUCACCAAUCAGAAGCGAGUAAUCAAAAUAAGCAGGAAAGGGAACAGCAACAAGAGGAAACACAACAUCAUCUUCGCCACCAACACCACAGACACCAUCAGCUUCAACAGCAUACAACACAAGCAGUUAGCCAACAACAGACUAGCGCACAAAGAACAGAAGCCCCUCCCAGCACGCCCUCAGCCCCACAGACUCCGCCCCCUCUCCAGCCCCCACGGAAGCACCGGCGGAAACACCGGAGGAGGAUGAGCAAGGCCUCCAUGAGAGCGUUAAUAAUGGUAAUGUCCUGAAGAAUACCAAGACUUUGAACUGCUGCCAAAGUCCCAGGAGCAACCACAAGGCUGGGAGUCAGGGUGGAGACACAUGCACACACACACACACACACACACACACAGGAUAUAGCAGAGACGCACUGGAAAUGUCUUUAUAAUAACUGGAAAUUUCUUUGAUCUUUGCCAAAAAAGCUCCCAUGAACUACAUUUCCCAUCAGCCAUUGCAGUCAUUGGAGGCCACCAGUUCUACGGUGUCUGCCCUAUGGGAGUUGGUCGCACUCAGGAUUUCCUGUGAGAAAGGACUUAAAAGGGAUUCCAUAUGGACGCAAACACAGCCUGCCUAAUAGUAAGACUGUAUUUAAAACAACAGCGUUACGGUCUGCCAAAUACACUUCACACUUCGGUCAGCAGAACAACUGCCAAAUGUGGUGCAAUAUUGACUUGGCUGGCCAAGAACGGGCUCAAAUCAGUGAUAAGCUGCUUGGGGAAAGUCAAAGUAGCCUUCAAAUGCCAAUGAAUGAUGUAGACCUACUGUGGGUCGGGUUGUAAAACAACUGUGGACUAUUUAUCCACUGGACGAACUACUGGAAUAGCAACUGGAAGAAGUCAAAACUGGAAUAUGUAAAGUUGUGAGGACUUUGAACUGGGCAUCUCAAAGAGCAAAACAACUGGAGAUAUAAAGCUCAGGACUUCCAGAAAAGGAUAAAAUGCAAAUAAAUAUUACACAUAUAACUCAAAAGGUAUAAUCUGUACAUUUUCCAAGCUACUUGAACACUCCAAGUUUAUUAAAUAGCAAAAUAUCAGCUGGCUAGAUAUAAAAUCGAGGAGUAAAAGCACUUACUAAACAGUCUUUUGGACAUUUACCAUGGUAAUAUGAUGGUGUUGGUUGAAGUACUUUGGAGUACUAUGUAUAUACCAUGGUAUAUGAAUAUGGUAAUCCUUCUGGUACCGCCUCAGUACUUUUUUGUAAGGAUCUCUCAGUAUCAUGCACAUUAUUUAAUUGGUGCAAAAACACUGGAAUGAUGUACACUGGAGAUUAUUAACUAUGAAGUGCUGAAAGCACUCAAUGUUCGCAUGUUGGUAGAUGCACAGUCAAAUAGUUCCUAAUUCAAUAUUUAAAUGGAAAUAAGAAGACUGUGUUUAGCUGUAAUGAGGUAACAGUGAGAUACUCCCAUCCUGUAGGGGGCGGUAUUGAGCACUCUGUCAUUUUAUGCCUGCUGUUCCCAAACAUCCGUCUGUGCAUUCAGCUGCUUCUGGAAUCUUGUAAAGCUAUAAAAUAACUGUUUGUAAAUUGUGCAUUUUCGGGCUUUUUACGUAACUUAUUUAUAAAAGGUAGAUGCACUACCUAUCUGCUUCCAAGAGUAAUUGUUAUAUGUUUUGAUGGAAAUUAUUGUUAAUGUAAUAAUGCUAUUUUAAUAUAAAUAUGAAACAUUUUAAAUUUA